AUGGACAAUUGCGAGGACCUUGAACGAUACGAGCCGGGCGGAUUUCACCCUGUCCAUAUUGACGAGCACUACGACGACAGCCGCUACCGAGUGAUCCACAAGCUUGGGGCCGGCGGCUUCUCGACCGUGUGGCUCGCACAGGAUCUGCCGGGCCGGCGAUGGGUGGUGCUGAAGUUCAUCGUUGCGGCUGAGUCUGAAGGCUACAUUGCCCGUUCAUCUGCUAUCAUUGCAGACACUGUUCUCGCCAGCUCUGAGUUGCUGGUGAGGCCUGAGCGUGAAUUCUGGGUUGACGGCCCCAACGGGCAUCAUUUGUGUUUUGUGCUGCCCCUUCGUCGGACCAAAUCUUGCGACACUGUCCUCUGGCAUCUACUUCAGAAUCUCAUCCCGCUUCUCGACUUCACGGCGAACAACAUUGCUCUGGCAUUAUCAGAAGAGAUCACAUCGUAUGAAAUCGAUGACAUUUAUCGAGCCUUUGGGCAUCCUAGGACUGGGCCUCUCGGACUUUGCAAUGAAGAUGACCCAGGCCCCGGACCGCACGCACCGCAAUAUUUUGUCGCACCCUUGGACUUCUUUGCUUCCAGUACAAAUAUCCUCAGCAAGCAGAUUCGAAUUCUAGACUUUGAUCAGUGCUUCGAAUGCGACAAUCCACCGAAACGAACAGGCACACCCGCGAAAUACAUGGUCCCGGAGGUCAUCGCUGGUGGGCCACCCAGCAAAGCUUCAGAUGUCUGGUCACUGGGGUGCACCAUCUUCCGGCUGCGGGCGGGCAGGGACAUUUUCUUCGAUUACGACACAUUCAACCCCGCGGAUGCUUUGCAGCAGAUCCAGAGGUUCCUCGGCGAUCUUCCGGACAACCUGGCGCAGGCGCGAUUCGACACUGAAGGCUACCCAACCAAGGACGAAAGCGGCACGCCGCUUAUGUAUUUCAUGGAGAAAUGCAGUCUUCCAGAUGAGAUUGGAAAGAUCUGGGACGGGCCUCCAUCGCUGUCGAUGCGCAGCCAUGGUGAGAUUGAUACCACAGUGUACACGCAACCCUCAACCCCUGAUGACUCUCUGUUUUCAGAAGAGGCCGAGAGAGUUACUCCGUAUCCAUUAGCUUAUCAAUCUAUGCUGUGGAAACCCACGGCAGUUCGAGUGGAUGGAACACACUACAUAUUCUACAAAGAUGAAGCGAGCCCGUUUUGGGGUGCGUUCCCUCUGACCACAGACGAUGAGGCUGAACUGCUCGGGGAUCUUUUGACACGGAUAUUCGUCUAUGACCCCUCGAGGCGUCCUGAUGUCCAGGAAAUCUUAGAGCAUUCCUGGUCCAAGCAGUACGGCAUGUUAUCGGAGGAAAACAUUUAG